AUGGCGCUUAGCUUCAACCUCUCGGCGCUGCCGCCACUGCGGCCCUGGGACUUCGAGGGGCGCUUCGAUGAGCGCGGCGCAGUGCGGUGGGCACAGGACAACUGGAAAAAGUCUUUCUCAUUUUCUGUAGCUUAUUUGAUACUGAUCUUUGGAGUCCAGCAUGUCAUGAAGGAACGGACAGGCUAUAAGCUGCGCACACCUCUGGUCUUGUGGUCCUUCAGUCUGGCCUUGUUCAGUGCCAUUGGGGCCCAUCGCUGCUGGAAGCAUGUGGCCUUCAUUGCCUCUACAGAGGGAUUUAGACGACUGGUGUGUGAUCAGACUUUCUAUGUUCACCACACCACCAAGCUUUGGGUCUAUCUCUUUGCAAUGAGCAAAGUUGUGGAACUGGGUGACACUGUGUUCAUCGUUCUCCGGAAGAAGAGGCUCAUCUUCCUUCACUGGUACCACCAUGUAACUACGCUCAUCUACACCUGGUUUGCCUAUAAUCAAUCAGCACCAGGCACGCUCUUGUUCGCUGCCAUGAACUUCACUGUCCAUACUUUCAUGUACUCCUACUAUGCCAUGCGAGCAGCAGGCUUUAGGGUGCCUCACUACAUUGCCAUAGCAAUCACCUUUUCACAGAUCCUGCAGAUGCUGGUAGCUGUGAUACUGAACAUCUUAAUCUUCUUCUGGAUGGAGCAAGAGAUCUUCCACAUCUGCUGGUCGGGUGUUUUAUUUUCCGUCUUGAUGUACCUCAGUUACUUGGUGCUCUUCUGCAACUUCUUCUACAAGACUUACCUGACAACUGCCACGAAAUCAAAGGGGGAGUAA